GAACUUGUGCAUUUUUGAUAUUUUUGCACCAAUCUUCGAUGAAGCAAGUUGUGCCCUCUGAAGUCGGAGGACUCUUGGGACAGUACAGGCGAGCUGGGCUGUCUGUGCGCUUGGCCCACCAUUUGCACACCUUUCUGGAGUCGCAAGAGAGAAGCAGAUUUGAUGAGUUAAGACUUGAGCUCUUGCUGCAUGAAAAACUGUGGGCAGUGGAGGCAUCAAGGUUGGAAAGGGACCUGGGCAGUUUUGGCAUCCGCAAUGCUUCCCAUGGAUCCCAUGAAUCUCAGAGUGCGAACAUGAGUGCAUUGCCAUUUAGCCAGACGCAUGAUGCCAGAGCACUAGUUUGGAGACGCAAAAGCCGUGGCAUUUCUGGUUGUGCUUGUGUUGAUUGUUGGGGCACAGCAAUCCUUGGAGAGGACCCCUGUGUCCCAUGUGUCCCCUGCAAAUCUGCGCUGGCUCAGACGGGGACACUGCCGAAGACCAGUCAACUCACUGUACCCACAUAUUCGACAUAUCCGACAUAUCCUGAUGCUGUAGAUCUAGCUGGGUUGGUCCACGGCGCCAAGCCCGAUCAGGCGACAUCCGAGAACUUCCGGGACUAUCACGAGCAUUUGCAGCUUCUGCUGGCAGCACGUGCCAGUGUCAUGGCUGCAGAGUCUUCGUUGGAAAGAUUGAAAUCGGCAAAGGCAAUGGCCAGCUCCGAUGACCUCAGAUCCAUCAGAUCCGAUGCUUCCGCUGCAUCCCCGACAUCCCCAGCAUCGGCGGCAGCUGAAGCAGCUGAAGGCCGUCUCGGCCGUCUCCCAGACAUCCGGUCAGCUGGCCUCAAGCAGCUCAUGGCUUUGCAGAAAGCAACAGCAACGCCAUCGCCUGAUGGCCAGCAUAGCCAGGAUGGCCAGGAUGGCCAGGAUGGCCAGGAUGGCCGCCAGGAAGCUGAGAAGAAAAUCGUGGUGGAACAAAAACGCAACUCCAAAUUGCAGGAGCACCUGAGUCAUUUGAAUAGCAUCCUCAGCACACCAGCGAUGCCAGUGAUGCCAGUGACACCCCAUGGGAACUUGGAGCCUGUGGAGAGAUGGGAGCCAGUGGAGAUUGAGCGAUCUGACGAAAUCACUGCUGAAUUUGCCAACAGUUUCCUGCAACUGGCGGAGGCCCGAGCAUCCGAAAUGAAGGACGCGGAGACUCGAAACAAGGAUGACUUGGUGGGUUUGGAGCAUGAGGGUGUGGAAGGCACCACGAGUGCUGAUGGGCCACAGCCAGUCGAACCAGUUGCAGUUGACACAGUUGAAGCUCCUAAAGUUCCUCGAGAAACAGGAGCAGAAGUUGUGCAAGUGACAGAAAUGACACCCACCGUGGAGAUGAACGCUGGACAGAUUGGACAGCAAGAGGCCCCUGCAGUCGACAGCGUCAGAGAGGCUCUCCAGCCGCAGUCCUUUGCAGAGAGAGCGGCAGCUCGGAAGCAGAAGCUGUUGCAGUGGAAACAUGCAUCGGAUUUUUUGAGAGAUCCACUAGAUCCACUAGAUCCAACUUCCAGGUGGCAACUUCCUGAGCUGCUGAUGGAAGCUGAUUAUGCCAGAAGUCGCUUGCGGGAGGUGUUGAAGCACAAGCAACGGAUGAGAAAGCUGUAUAGCACUGAGCUUCCAAGCACAUGGCUGAAACGCAGAGUGCGAUCUGCCCAAGAAGCCUUAGUGAUCGCCUUGCAGCCUCCUUGGGAAAAAAAUGAAAAUCUGGAUCGGGCUGAAAAGAUCGAAAGAAUCUUGCAAUCGCAGUCCUCACGCCGAGGCAAGAGUCAGAUUUUGAGUCUCACUGCCUGCGUAGAAGCUGUCGUUGCUGCAUAUGAUGUUGAACGGGGCCGUGUGUGGGAUUUAUGUGAAAAGCCACAGGAUGCUUUUGGCGAAGAAACAGAACAGAGUCAAGGCAGAGAUUUGGCCCUGCAAGCCUUGGAACGUGAAGUUGCUAAGUCCUUGAGAUCCAUCAGCGAGUGCCGCAGACUUUUACUCGAUCUGUUGGACAAGGGGGCCAUAGCCAGAGGAUCAAAGGAAUCAAAGGAAUCAAAGGCGUCCGAGCAAAUGGAGGAGCAAAGUUCUCAGCGCUCUAAAUCUGCGAAAUCUGAAGCGAAAGUGGACAAUCGACGCCGUAGUGCAUGGGCAAAGGUCUAUGCGGAUUUGUUGCAGAUCGAUGCGAAGGAUUCCACCACCAUCACACUGAAGACCUCGCAGGGGGUCAAGGGCCACCUGCGGCAGGGUGAACAUGUGAACAGCACGGGAGAACCAGGUCGAUUCUAUCGAUUCUUUGCCGGCUCUCAGACCCUGGUGAUUCUGGCGUGA